GAUGUCCUAUGGGCACAACGCCCGGAUGCCGUCUACUUGACCAUAGACUUGAAAGAAGUUCAGGACAUAAAGGUGAACUUAGAUUCCGAGAAGAUGUCCUUCUAUGGCAAGGUGGGCGGCAGCCUCUAUGAGUUUUCACUGGACUUCUUUGCCCCGAUUGCAAAGGAGGAGUCCAAGUGGAGCACCAAGAGGUUAAUCGAGUUUUACCUCAAGAAGGAGACGGAGGGGAGUUGGACGAGCCUCAGCAAGGUGAAGAAGCUUCCAUGGGUUAAGGUGGAUUGGAAGAGAUGGCAAGACUCAGAUGACGAGGACGAGGGGAAACAGAAUGCAUGGAACCUGGACGGUCUGGGUGACAUGAACUUCGGCGACAUGGGUGCUGAUGCAGAGUAUGACUCUGACGAUGAGGAGUUGCCAGACCUGGACCCAGCGGAGGUUCCUCUGGGCACCGCAGGGGAUGCACCUCAGCAGGGAGCCACCGGCGGAGAGCCCAAGAAGGUGGCAGAGACUGACACACUGGACUGA